GCCAUCUUUAGCUGAGCUGACACAAACUACUGAAGCAGAGUUGGGAACGAAACUAGGUCAGGCGCUCGGAAACGAAAACACUUCUGACAAUUUCGAUUCAGACGGUGCUUUUCGUCAACAUCAGCCGACCUCUUCGAUCCAUCGGUGCUGUCCUAUGGUCCGAUGUGUUGGAUCGGUCGGCUAGCCCCAACGCAGUUUUCUUGUGUCGGUCCCGGUUGACGUUGAGUGGUCGCCUUUUCUGACAAACAGCCGAAAGAGGGGGACGCCAGGAUGAAACGAGGUCUUCAAGGGAAUGAGCAGGAGGACGGAGGUGCCACCAGCAGUGGGUCUCAGGAGACUCUUAAACGGCCCCGCAAGCAGAGGAGGGAUAAAGAUUGUGAAGGGGAGGGAGUCCACUGGGAGUGUCUGCCACAGGAGAUCCUGCUCCACAUCUUUCAGUACCUGCCUCUGCUGGAUAGGGCUUACGCAUCUCAGGUGUGCCGGGGCUGGAACCAGGCGUUUCAUAUGCCAGAGCUGUGGCGGUGCUUUGAGUUUGAGUUGAACCAGCCAGCCAGCUCCUACCUGAAGGCCACACACCCGGAUCUCAUCAAGCAGAUAAUUAAAAGGCACUCCAACCACCUGCAGUAUGUCAGCUUCAAGGUUGACAGUAGCAGAGAGUCUGCAGAAGCAGCCUGCGACAUCCUCUCCCAGCUCGUGAAUUGUUCUUUGAAAACGUUGGGGCUCAUCUCCACCGCCCGGCCCAGUUUCAUGGAGCUGCCCAAGUCUCACUUCAUCUCAGCACUGACGGUAGUUUUUGUGAACUCCAAAUCUCUGUCCUCCCUGAAGAUCGAUGACACACCUGUGGAUGACCCCUCCCUCAAAGUCCUGGUGGCUAAUAACAGUGACACGCUCAAACUGCUGAAAAUGAGCAGUUGUCCGCAUGUUUCCCCUGCAGGCAUCCUGUGUGUGGCUGAUCAGUGCCACGGCUUGAGAGAACUGGCCCUCAACUACCAUCUGCUGAGUGAUGAACUUCUCAUCGCUCUCUCCUCAGAGAAGCAUGUUCACCUUGAGCACCUUCGCAUCGACGUGGUCAGUGAGAAUCCAGGCCAGCAGUUCCACACCAUCAAAAAGAGCAGCUGGGACGCCAUGAUGCGCCACUCUCCUAAAUUCAAUCUGGUCAUGUACUUCUUUCUCUACGAGAAUGAGUUCGGACCCUUCUUCUGCGACGAGAUCCCUGUCACACACCUGUACUUCGGCCGCUCCGUCAGUAAAGACGUGCUGGGCCGUGUUGGGCUCACCUGCCCCCGUCUGGUGGAGCUGGUGGUGUGUGCCAACGGGCUCCGGCCGCUGGAUGAAGAGCUGAUCCGCAUUGCCCAGCGCUGCAAGCAUCUGUCAGCCAUCGGCUUGGGAGAGUGUGAAGUGUCCUGCAGCGCCUUUGUGGAGUUCGUCAAGAUGUGCGGAGACAGACUGACACAGCUAUCCAUCAUGGAGGAAGUGCUGGUACCUGAUCACCGCUAUGGGCUGGAUGACAUCCACUGGGAGGUGUCGAAGCAUUUGGGUCGUGUCUGGUUUCCCGACAUGAUGCCUACCUGGUAGAGCUGAGGGAAUCGCAGUAGAUUUAAAUUGUUAACAGGUUUUUGUAUGAGUGUAUGUGUUUCUUGUGUUUGACACCACUCAUUUUCUCCUGUCAUUCCCAGGAACUGUACAUACCGCUCUUCUCCCCGAGUAACAAAACAUAACAUCUCUUUGAGCUUCGAUCUGAUAAAACAUUAUAUUUGUUUUUUUUUAAGUAACUUUGAUUUCCACUCUGCCGUACCGUUUCAUGUACUGCAUAUGAUUUUUAUAUUUAUAUGAAUAUUUAUAUCUAAAUUUAUUUGCCUCAUUGUCACUCAUGACAUUAAGCACCUUGUCUCUGAGCAAUUUGUUAAGAACAUGCAGAUCGGUAAUGUGUAGAGUUUCUGGAGAAUUCAGGUUUCCAUGGAAAUUAACAGGAAUAUCUGGGAAUUAUUGGAAAUGAAGGGGAAUUUUCUUUUCCAUGCACACAGGCUGUUUUUACUGUGUAUGAUUCAGUCAGAAGUGUGAAGAUUUUGCACUGGCUUAAGUACAAAUCCUUUGAAUAGAAAUCAGAAACCUUAAUUUCAGCUAAAUCAUUUGACAGUCAACAAAUCCUAAUCACCACACUAAGCACAAAAAGACUUUGAGCUCAAGUGUCGUGGUAGUUCGGGUAGUAAUCUUCACAUUUAAUGGCAAAUUCCCCAUUAGUUCCCCAUUCCAGUUAAAAUUCUCCCAACUUAAACUGUUGUGAAAGAUUUCUUUAAGUGUUUCUUACA